GGCAGAUAUCUAUCGGGACGCGGCCCGAGGAGGAGAGGGAGACCCAACACAACAACCGCAUCCGUCCGUCCAGGUCCAGUGUGUCCACUCAUCGCGUGAGAAAGAAGAGAGCGGUAGUGCGCGCCCGCGAGACAGAGAUGGCAACUCCGGCGACGGAGGCGGCGACACCGGAGGCACCGGCUGAGGGGUCGGUGAUCGCGAUCCACAGCCUGGACGAGUGGAGCACCAAUAUCGAGAGCGCCAACAGCGCCAAGAAGCUGGUGGUGAUCGACUUCACCGCAUCUUGGUGUGGGCCAUGCCGCAUCAUGGCUCCAAUUUUCGCUGAUUUGGCCAAGAAGCAUCCAAAUGCUGUUUUCCUGAAGGUUGAUGUUGAUGAACUGAAGGCCAUUACUGAGCAAUUCAGUGUCGAGGCGAUGCCGACCUUCCUGUUCAUGAAGGAAGGUGACGUCAAGGACAGGGUUGUUGGCGCAAUGAAGGACGAACUGGUCCAGAAGCUUGCGUUCCACAUGACCCAUGUAGACCAGUAAUGCUAUAGUGAAGUAGUAUUCGCCUAAAUAAGAAGCAGCAUCAACUCAGAGAGAACUAGUGCCUCUACGAUGGUACUUCGUAUGUAGUAUUAACUAUCCUACUCUGCUGCCCAGUUUCUGGAUAAUGAUAAGAUCAGGCCUUGCUUGUUCCAAGAUUGUGCUUUGCAUAUCAUGUUUCCAGCUUCCUCUUUGAGCUGAGAUGUUAUAAUGGUGAAUCAGAUAUCUUGGAAAAUAUUUGACUAUCAUAGUCAUCUAGUUUUUAAGGUUACUUGUCUACCAGCCGCUCAUUAUUAUUGACUUGCAAUUUCUUGAAAGUGCAAUGGUAAUUGCAGUCAUGAGUUAUCAAGCCAGUAUGCUUGCUCUCCCUGAGCACUCAAGUCUUUAGCUUUACAAAAUCAUGGUCCUGGUUUCGAGAGCUGAUAUCUGCUUUUUUGCACGUUCAUCUCCAAACCAUGGUGUAUGGGAUAUAUCCUUUUCUUCACCUGGUACCAUUCAUUGGUCCAAGCUUUGGAGCUUCUCCUCACCACUCGUGCAAAGGCAAAUUUACCAGCUGCUAUCUGUUUGUAUCUGACAGGUUUCAGAGGGAAGAAAGGUUUCUCACCAAAUGUUUCUUGAAACUUUGGGGGAGAUUCUUACCUUGCAUCGAAUGCCACCGCCACAAUCCCUCAAGGCCACAGCCCUCAGAAGAAGCCAUCUUAGCAUCUUGCAAAUGGACACCAAUUCCAAUUCCGUUUCCAUCUCUUUUCUUUUCUUGCUUGUUUCUGCUUCGGUCCCCUUUCGUCUUCUUCCUUCAUGGAUCAAGGCGUUCGCUUUCCAUGAUCUAUCUGCUCCAGCCAUUUCAAGAUCACAGGCCUGCUAGUUAAUCUAUCCGACAAGUUCAUCCGCCAUGGCGGUGAGCCGGGCAGCCAUACGCGGCAUCAGGGAGAGCCUCAGCACGGUGCAGGGCAGCCUGUUGCGGUUGGAGGCGGUCGUGCUCCUGAGCGCGCUCAUCCUCGCCGCCCUGGUGCUCUACGGCUCCGCGAACCGCCGGAGCAGCGACAAGCUCCUCCGCGGCGCCAUGUGGAUGGCCUACUCCAUGUCCUACGUGGUGGUCUCCUACGCCGUGGGGAUCAUCCAGGACGGGCCCUUCCGCGGCGAGACGUUCGUGCUCUGGGCGGCCGCGCUGCUCCUCAUCCAGGCGAGCGCCUACUCGGCGCCCGUGCACAGCCGCCGCGACGUCGACCAGCGCAAGAAGCUGCUGCUGCAGCACGUCCUCCAGACAGGCCUCGUGCUCUGGCUCAUCGUCAACGCCACCGGCCGGAACGCCAGCUACCGGGCCGCCAUCUGGGCGUUCUGGGCGCUCAACGUGCUCAAGACGGCCGCCAAGAUCACCGAGAUGAUCGAGACCAGCCGCCCCGACAUGUCCGUCAAGGUGGUCGCCGAGUACAUGGCCGUCGAGGAGGACCUCGCCCCCGGCGAUCUGCCCCCUGACCCCGCCACCAUGCGAGGGUACAGGUACAUCUUCCACGGCGAGGAGACCAUGGAUCCGGUCAUCCACAACGGCGGCCACCCCGCCCGGGACAACAUGCUCUACCAGAGCGCCGCCAAAUCGGUCGUCACCAUCGACCAAGUUUACCGGUGGAUCGACCAGCAGGCCUACAGUGAUGUCGAGAAGGACAGGGCCAAGGACUUCUGCCUCGCGUUCGCCCUGUUCAAGCUGCUCAAGCGGCGGUUCUACGGGUACGUCCCGGCGGAGGCCGGCUCCGACAAGGCCCGCGACCUCGUGCUGACCGGGCUCAUCCACGCUGGCGCCACCGGCCCCGACGCCGCCUUCCGGGUCGUCGAGGCGGAGCUCGCCUUCCUCUACGACUUCUUCUACACCAGGAACAUCGUGCUGGUGGGUGCCAAGACGUACAUCUGCAUCGCCGUCGCCGUGGCGGGGCUGACCAUGUGGACGGCCUUCUUCGGCACGCUCGGCCCCGGCUACCACCGCCUCCACGUCGGCGUGCGCGACCUCGACCGCUCCGUCACGAUGCUCGUCGUCGUGAUCACCGCGGGGCUCGAGGUGUUCCAGGCGGUGGACGGCUUCGCCUCCAACUGGAGGUACGUCAAGACCGUGUACCGGUGCGUGCGCGACGGCCGGCCGUGGUCGAAGCGGCGGCGGACCCACCUCUGGUGGAAGGAGAGCAUCACGCCGCCGGAGACCAAGUACUGGGAGGACAAGGUCGGCCAGUACGUGCUCCUGAAGCGGUUCCACCACCGCCCCUGCAACCUGCUCUCCUGGCUGACGCUCUACCUGGUGGAGCCGCGGCGGCAGGGCCAGAAGCGGGGCCGGAGGAAGCCGCUGCCGCCCGAGGUGAAGCGCGCCGUGCUUCUCUGGUUGAAGCAGAGCCACUGCCGGCUCAGCAAUGGCGUCGCCACCCUGCGGAGGCACCACCUGCCGCGCCUGGCGUGGGCGUGCAGGCUUCCCAAGCUCACUGACCAGAUCCUGGCGUGGCACGUCGUGACCACGAGCUGCGACUGGGACUACAACGGCCGGCCGGCCGGCCGCGCCGCCACCAGUGACGAGCACCACCGGCUCAUCGCGACGAAGCUCUCCAACUACUGCGCCUACCUGGUGGCCUUCGUCCCGGAGAUGCUGCCGGACCCAAGCUACCACACCGAGCAGAUCUUCGACUCGGCGGUGCAGCAGGCGCGGGACCACCUCGACGGCUGCCGGACGGUGAGCAGCAUACUGAACAGGCUUGGGGAGAUAGGAGCGGCGGAGCUGCCGCACCUGCAGGAGGGCGGCACGUACGAGAGAGCGGGGAGCGCCACCGUCAUGGAGCGGGCGGCGGUGCUCUGGGGCCAGCUCAGGGCGGCCGUGCCCGCCGACGCGCGGCGGUGGGAGGUGCUGGCCGAGUUCUGGAUGGAGUUCCUGCUGUUCCUCGCGCCGUCGGACAACGUGGACAUCCACGCCGAGAUGCUCGGCGCGGGCGGCGAGUUCAUGACGCACCUGUGGGCGCUGCUGUCUCACGCUGGCGUCCUGGAGCGACCGCCGGUCAUGCACCGGCAAUGAUGCGUGCGCUGAGUAGCUUGAUUUAUUUCCCCGUCACUAAAAUACGCAAAGCCAUAUUUGGGCCAUUUGGUGGUUUGAAAGCCCAGAACAUGCUAAUCGUGGCC